AUGUCAUCGCGGGGCGUCGCGAAUCUGACCCCCGAUCAAUUAGCGAAAAAGCGGGCAAACGACCGCCAAGCGCAACGCGCAAUUCGAGAGAGGACGAAAGGUCAUAUCGAAGCUCUAGAACAAAAAGUCCGGGAUCUGUCGUCUCAAAAACCAUUCGUUGAUCUGCAAGAAGUUCUACGUCAGAAUGAGCAGAUUCGGUUGGAAAAUACAGAGCUUCGUCAAGGGCUCAAGGCGGCACUGGACAUCAUACAACCAUUGAUAGCGAAGCCGGAACUACCAGAUGUCCCACCUUCUCUGGCUAUACUCAAGUCUGCUCCACCCCCCUCGCGUCCAUCCCCCUUCCCCGACGCCGAUCAGUUCAUCCUCAACAGCCAGGCACCAUCACAGGGCGACAAGUUAUAUGCCGAAUCCAAUGCCAGCCUUGACACGCCUUCCCCAACUCACUCUGCGCCCACAAUUGGGAGUCGCCGCAACAGUACCAAUGGUGGCCCUCCGUCGACCUCUUUCCGGGUCGCAUUGGACUCACAGCGCCACAAUCUCACAUACGGCCUGGAUCUCGGCUCCGAGGAACGUCUAGGAUUCAAUUUCCUUUUGGAUACCUCAUAUAAUAUCCCUAAAGUCGACCGGCUUCGCCGCAGUAACUCAGAGACCCGCCCUUCUCAAAACUGUCCGUCGCCAAUAUACCCGCGUCCAUCGAAUACUACCUCUGAACAUGGGCCAUCUGCAUUUGCUGCUCCUAUAAAAACUACAGCGGCGACAUGUCCAUUGGACACCAUCCUUUUGGAGUUUCUCCAAGGGCGGCAACGUGAUGCAGCACAGGGCAUCCCGAGGCAGAAACUAGCUGGCCCGCCAUAUCCGAGUGUCUCCUCGCUCUUGAACCCAGAAAGAAGUAUCUACUCGCAUCCAGUCUCGAAAGUAUUUACAGAUAUUCUACGUAAAUUCCCAGACGUCUCCACCCUGCCGGAGCAGGUCGGCGUUCUCUAUCUCAUGUUUCUCCUCAUGCGCUGGCAGAUAUACCCGACACAAGAGAACUAUGAGCGACUCCCCGAGUGGUAUACACCACGCCCAACACAGAUCUUCCACCCACACCCAGCUUGGAUGGACUACAUUCCCUGGCCGGCGAUGCGCGACCGGAUCAUCACAUCAUAUCAAAAUUACCCGUUUGAUGACUGGCACAAGCCAUUUACAAAUGGGCUGAGCGUCAAUUGGCCAUACGAGGACACAGAUUGUUUGUUGUCAGCAGGUGACUCGGACGAGCUGGUUAUCAACCCUGUUUUUGAACGACAUAUGAGGAACUUGUCCAAUUGGUCUUUGGGGCCCAGCUUCGCGGAGGUAUAUCCUGCUUUGGCGGACACCGCACAAAUCAAGCCAGAUCCACGGCUGUGCAAAUCAUUCGCAGUGGAAUCGCCGAGAGAUUUUAAAACCACUUAG